CCAUAACGCACAUCGUGCCCUAAACGGCUAAAUCUCCUCCGCCGCCGAAGAGUUGAGCAAGACGAAGAAGAAGCAACAGACAGAUUCACAAAUGGCGGGCGGCGGGCUGUUCGGCGGCGCGGGAGCGUUCUGGGCGACCCGAGCACUGGAGGUGGUGAAGAGGAACGACUCCCCUGGGCUGCUGUGGAAGCGGAUCAAGCUCACCACUACCCGCAAGAACAACGCCAAGAAACGCCUAAAGCGCCUCUGGCAGAACGAAGCAGUUAUAAGAGCUUGUGGUCAAGUAGAAUCAUCAUCGACAUCAAGCACCGCAGCAGCAGCUGGGAAACAACAGUAGUUACCGAAGUCAAUCUGUGACGCGUGGGAAGCUUCUGUCGGUCCCAGAAAUUGGAACAAGUACAUGCAUGUACACAUCCGGUUUCUUCAUCAAAGGGGACAUCAUUGCUUGCCGCCAUGCACUCCCUCGUGCUGACAUCAUGGAAUUUUCGCUAUUUCUUGCUUCUAUGGUUUCAUCACUUGACUGAAACUAGUUCGGCCAUUUACAACGUACUUGGUUUGUGAAAAAAGAACUUGUUUCUGUGAGAAUGCCCUCGAUUUGUUUCCUUUGCUCCA